CGAAAGCUCAUGCUCAAAUAAAUUGGUUAGUGUCUAAGGUGCCACAAGUCCUCCUGUUCUUGUUUGUACAGCAGCCAUCUGGCUUUGUCUGAGUCUGCCACCCUCACUCAGGGUACCGACUAGUCAGUUUCACGGUCUGGUCCUCAUGCAGGUGGUGAUGCAAUGUGUAUACUGCAAACACAGCAAGAGGAGGUCCUGCCGGGGAAUGUUUGAAUUCUGACAAGAAACUGUUUUCGUAGGUUUUUAAAACAUAGGUCCUGUCUGCUCCGUGUAAUCGUUAAGUGUGCCCCAGUAUGUCUCAUCAGAGUUAGGGGUUGCCCUCUUCAUUCUUAGUCAAAAUACCCCCUCUCUGCACAUGUGUGGGUGCUACGCAUCUGGCUGUCGCCCUUGCUUUGCGGAGGUAGCUACAUUUCAGAGCGCUAUCUAGACUAAUACUCACGAGUGCUCAGCUCCCAUUUAGUCACCAAAAUAAGUGGUUAGAUUUUUCAAAAAUGGUCAGCGUGAGGGGUGCACAUUAGGUGCUGAGCUCUUUGGAAAAUCUGGCCAUCGGUGUCGUGACAGAAGCUGCUGGGCGCUGAGCGUGUUUGAAAAUCUGGGCCUAUUUAGAUGCCUAAACAAGAGUUGAGCUCUCUUGAAAAUCCACCCCCAAGUAUUGAGUUUGAGCACUUGGAAAUCUGGCCUUGAAUUCUUUUUAAGGUCCGUCUCCUAGAGUCUUUGAGUUGCUCUGUGAUCCCACAAGGAGCAGGAUGUAUACACUGCUGUCUGGACUUUAUAAGUACAUGUUCCGUAGGGAUGAGUACUGCAUUUUGAUCCUUGGGCUGGACAAUGCGGGGAAAACGACCUUCCUUGAGCAGACUAAAACCCGAUUUAACAGGACCUACAAGGGGAUGAGCUUAUCCAAAAUCACUACCACUGUGGGCUUAAACAUUGGUACUAUUGAUGUGGGCAAAGCCCGGCUAAUGUUCUGGGAUCUUGGAGGACAGGAUGAGCUGCAGUCCCUCUGGGACAAGUACUAUGCUGAAUCCCAUGGGGUCAUCUAUGUUAUCGACUCCACUGAUGAAGAGAGGCUCUCAGACUCUAAAAGAGCUUUUGAGAAAGUAGUCACCAGUGAAGCUCUGGAAGGGGUUCCCAUACUGGUGUUAGCUAACAAGCAGGAUGUAGAGACCUGUCUGUCAAUCCCUGACAUCAAGACAGCCUUUAGUGACUGCAUUAACAAAAUUGGGAGGAGAGACUGCCUGACGCAGGCCUGCUCAGCUCUCACUGGCAAUGGGGUGAACGAGGGAAUUGAGUGGAUGGUGAAAUGCGUGGUGAGGAACAUUCACCGGCCCCCCAGGCAGAAGGACAUCACGUAAGAAGGUGCUGGGUAACUGAGGCCUGGACAGCUUCUUCCCAUACAGACUGCUCUCUCUACAGAAGAAGGUCCACAGGACUCCUAUUACACCUGAUUCUUUCGUUGUUUGUUUGUUUUUGGAGGCAAACAUUCUUUUUCUCUAUCUAAAAAGAACUGUAAGAGCAAAGGAUUUGGACUAGAAAAUGUUUCUAGUGUUGUGUAUUAAUCCCUUGGCCUGAGAGCACGCAGCCUUCACAGAUACUGAGUGGUAACUCAUGCUGCAGCCAGGCUGUGCAACUGCAGAGGAUUUAGAGAUUUGAACUUCAUCGCUUUAGGCUGUGGGAUGUAUGAUUCUUGGGUUCUUAAUCUAAUAGAUGCUAGAGGCCAGUUCAUUGGAUUCUCAUGUUCCAGUCACUGAUGGAAGCUACUUCCAAACCUUAAUUGUAUCAAAGGUGGUAGCUCUGUGUGUGUGAAGGACAGAGGGGAAAGGUCUGCACUCCACCACCCCAGUGAUCAUUGGAGGUGGUAUUACUGGCCUUAUUUAUGCAGUUGUUAAUGCAAUGGGUAGGGUCAAUGUUGAUUAUAGUUCUAUUUCCACUGUGGCAAAGUGAGCUGUGACUGUACAGUACCGCGGAGAUGGAAGCCAGCACCCCAGCAGCUGCGUGAUGGCAUGUAAGCUCACAAUGGGCUAUUUUAACUGGAAAAUGACCUUCAGAAGUGUCGCCUCGUGUUGAUUGUCAAUAGCACUAUUGUGCUGUCUGUCUAACUGAGAGAAUACCUGGUGUCUGUACUGUAAUUAGGAGGGAUUGAGGCCCUCUAUAUGUGUGUUCCAGGAUGAAAGCUGUGCCUGUAAGCUGGGUGGGAUAAGUAUACAAUAAAGCUUCAUGCUGCUCUGCCUGUC